AUGGAGGGAAAAGUGAUGUAUUUCGCUCACGGCUCAAAUUUGAGCCCUAGAUUAAUGGUAGAACGCGGUGCGGAGUUCUACUCACGCGAGGGCGCUGUGCUUCCAGGAUUUCGGCUUGAAUUCAACUUUAGUUGGAAGGACGACGGAUAUGGUAACACAACCAUUAUCCAAGACGAAGACUCAGUCGUAUAUGGAGCUUUGUACUCCUGUGAUGAACAAGGCAUAGCUAACAUGGAUGAAGCCGAAGGCGAAAGGUUGAGGAGAAUAAAUGUCCAUGUCAAGAAAGAAAGCGGUGAAAGGAUACAGGCAACUACGUAUCAGGGAAAGGAAGAAUUUACAAAAACAGGGCUUCGUCCGAGUGAGACUUAUCUGAAUGAAAUGUUGGAGGGAGAGGAUAUUCUACCAGAGGGAUACGCUGAUUAUUUGAAAACUUUGAAGAAAGAAGUAACUCAGUUGAAUUGAAUAUUACGAUCAAUUAAAUUGAACAGCCAUUGAAAUAAAGUUGAUUCAUGUAUUUUUCCUUAGGGUACGUUCAUUAAUUGAACGCCUGGGGGGGGGGGAGGAAUGGUUCAGAGGAUUUUGGUUGUGGCGCAAUAAGAUUUAUCUGAUCCUACUUCCACCCUCCCCUCCCCCCUUUCAAGCCCUGUAGGAUUUUAAAGUCCACCCUUUCUACUCUAUUAGCGACGACUGAAAACUAUGUGACUUCUCCCUCCUACUCUUCGCACGAGAACCGAAUUUCAUGCCAAAUAUUUUUCUACUUGUUUACCCUACGGUUAGGAACAGCACUUGAUUCAAGCUAGGUGGAGAUUUUUAGCCAUGUCAAGGGUGUGAACUUCGUCCACAACAACAACAAAUAAAAAGCGUAUGCCAAGCCCAGUUGGCCUGUUCUGUAGAUUUGAACUCGUUCAAAACGUUAUACCUCCAACAUCUCUCUCCUAUUUUCCGAUCCUGUCCCUUGCGGAACUAGCUUUGUAGACUGCGACUUGUUCAAUAUGCAAAUACAAGAAGCCUGGUGUCCAAGGAUUUCGGUUGUAUCAAAAUAAAAUUUACCCGAUCCCCCCUGUAGGUCUCUGAAGUAUUAUGAGGACCUCCCUCCCCACCCCUCAGUUAUGGACACUCAAUUGUAUGGUCCCCUCCGUUCCUCGUGAAAACUAUGUGAUCUCCCCAGACACGGACCCUUACGCUGGAGCGUGUAACGCGAACGCGCGUGAAAAUCACCAUCCCUGCGUGGCUGAGGUGCAGCGAGAGGAAAUUUCGCGCGAAGUAGUCUCGUGUUUCCCGCACAUCUUGUCACGCAAUUGUAUUUCGAUUGAUCACAAGCGCAAUUCUGCAGAAUCAAACAAGUUAAAACGUCGCUUACUCGAAGAGUCCUCACAUCUAAACUCUACGCUAACCUCAUGGAUGAGAAAGAGAUCUACUUUGGCUUCGCGUCAAGCUUGAGUGAAAGAAAAAUGGCCGAACGGGGCGCGAAGUUUUUGUCGCGUGAGAGUGCUGUUCUUCGAGGUUUUCGGCUAGAAUUUAGUACUAACUGGAAAGAUGACGGUUAUGGAUACGCAAACAUUGUUCCUGAAGAAGGAUCAGUUGUUCAUGGAGCUUUAUAUGUUUGUGAACGAGGAAGCAUGUCCAGUAUGGAUCGCGAGCACGUGGUUGAAGGAAAUCAUUUUCGAAGGGUAACUGUAACAGUCGAGAAGAAGAAUGGUGAAUUAGUAAAAGCUACUACAUACAUAGCUAAUGAUGAGUUUGUUCAGCAAGGGCUUAGUCCAAGUGAAGUUUAUUUGAACGAAAUUCUUGAAGGUGAAGAUAUUAUUCCAAUGGAGUACGCAGAGUUUAUCAGAAGCUUUUCUAAGUCGAAAUGA